AUAAAGAGCAAAAAACAUUAUUCACUCUCAUUGCUCCUUAGAUUUCUGGGAAGUCACAGAACAAGGAACAGAGUAAGAAACCAAGGCGUGCUUGUUGGAAAAAGGAGAAUUCAAGAAGACCAUGAUGAGAGUUUAUGUAGCUCUGGUUGCAUUCUUCUCCUUCAUAUCUUGGACAUCCCCCUAUGUUGUUCAUUACACAAGUUCAGGGGGAAUAUGUACAGAUACUUGUGGGUAUCAUGGUUAUACGUAUACCUGGUGCAAGAAAACGGGUGGCAAUGGGCAUGGUUGGGAUUAUUGUUCCUUAGAAGAAGGCCUGGCUGCUUCUGGUGAGAAAUGUCACACACCUUGUGAUUUAUGGGGAGGGUCCUAUCGUUACUGUCACUUCAGAAAUGGAAAAUGGAAUUAUUGCAGCAUGGUAUUAGAGUGGGAUUCCAUGGAAUAUUCACUGAAAAACAACUCAUGUAAGAACAGGUGCCAAGUAUCCGGAAAACAUUUCCAAUGUGAGACUAACCAUGGUGUUGAACACUGCUCUCCAUUCCGAGAUGUGACUCCCACAGGUUUGCCCUGCCACAUUAACUAUCAAUGUGCCAAAUACGGUGGUUCAGACUAUCGCUGUCAAACUGGCGAGGAAGAAUGUGACUGGGAUCUCUGUAGACCAAAGGACAACGAUGAGUGCACGUGGAAUGCUUCUAUCACAGAUUCUUGGCUCACAGAGAUUUGUACACUUGUUUAUUCCCAAAAUGAAAGUAAUCUCUUUUUCCGCAGAGAAGAGCAAACAAAAAUACUCCGUCCUACAAAAGAGCAAUUCAAAGAUGCUGUUCAUUUGAUUGAUAAAAUAGAUGCCACCAGAAAUCUCUUUCAUUCUUACACUCUGCCAAAAAUGUAUUUCAAUGAGGAAAGUAUCUUAUGCAAUGGGAUCAAUUAUACCAGUGUGGAACUGUGGUCUGAACAUAGCACAAAUAAGACCAUUGCACAUGUUAUUUUUUCAGAGAUCCUGACCGUAGUUAAGGUGUUGCGUUUAGCAUUUUAUACCAGUCUCCAUAGUGCCUUUUAUUCACCUGCCUAUACCAUUGUGGUAUCAGUUGGUGAACCAAUGUUAUGUUCCAUUCAUAAUUAAUGUAUCUUUCCAACUUGUUGUACCAAUACAUUAUUGCUUUUCAUUAUAUCUGUUUUGGGUGAGCCUGAUACUUACUGUUUGUUAUUACUUUAUAAGUAAUUCUAAAUCUUUUAAUGAUUUGUGUGAAAUCCAACCCAAUUGUCUUUUAAUCACAAUUACCUUUUCAUGGAAUUAAGGCUAAUAAAUAUUAUUUUGAAUGACAUUAUAUCUGAGAGAUUUUACUGCAUUUGUAUACUCUUUGUAAUCUUCCAUAAUUAUAUGUGAUAAUCUAUACAGUUAAUAAAAUAUGCUCUUGAAAUAUUA